AAGCAGGAGCCACAGCUAUCUCUUGCUCGAGCUGAGACGACAGAGCAGUUUGGGGAAAGGAGGAAAGGUAAUGGACACUGCUGAAAAUUCUCAGUGCCUCCGUUCCUUUUCACAAAUGCAGAAUUCUCACAGUUUAUCCAGCCAACUGCUGCUUUCUCCUUUGGGGGUCUCUGGUCAUCGGGAGCCCCUCACUUACCUUUGGGCUUUGUUCCACAGCCAAUAUAAGGCUAUUUUUCCUGCCAUCCCAUCUAAAUGCACCUUUACCUCCAUUACUUCUGGUUAAUAAUGGCUCUCUGUAUUCAAUACACAAGUAUCUACAUGGCAAUAGUACUUUAAAGGAAUUAAUAUGUGAGGCCUCACAGCUGGAGCUGCUGGGAAAUGUUUCUGCCAAACAGAACCUUUUGAAACCUCAUGAGUUUGAAGAACUUCUGAUGGAACCUGACCUGGAUUCCCGCAGGUCUGCCCCCAAGUCAGGCACAAUGAAAACUGCAGGAUGGGCUUGGUAAGUGUGCCUCAUUGCUGGGGCUACCCAAUGGGCCUUCUCAGUGAGAUCUUGGGAUAAGAGUCUUCCCACUGUUGAAGCAGUGAUACUAACAAGAAUGUCAGAUUCAUCAAGCACCUGCAGAGUCCAGUUCGCAGGACAGUUUUGAAAAUAUGUAGAAAUUCUGUUUAAAUUCUGUUUAGCCUUCUGGUGACCUUGAACUCCUACUUUCAGCCAGCUCUGUUCAUUUUCCCUUAUGCAAAGGAGAAGCAUUAUGGUAUCUGUUAUAUAGAUGGGGAUGUGGAGACAUAAAUGCUAGGGCUAUGUAAAAUUUUGAUAGCCAUUUCGUUUUGGAGGCGUUUCAGCACCUGAAACACCAAAUCCAAAAUGAAACAGAACAAAACCAUCUGAAAUGUUUUGGACGUUUUGGAGUGUUUCAGAGAGGGGGAGGGACUGCUCUGAUAUUGACAUCUGUAGCUGGCCAGUGUUUGUGAUCUGUCCCUGAGGUCUCUUCCAAUCCCAGUGCUCUGGGGAGGGACAGAAAAACAGCAUAUAAGGUUCUGUAUGAAGCCUUUCUCUGCCUUUUGUGAGCUGUCUGUCUGGAAGCAACAGCGUGUGAAAGGUACUGGCUGGCUGUAGUGACUGGGGUCCUAGUCAGUCUCUUGCUAGCCUCUCUUUUUGGAAAGGAUUGGAUACACCUUUCCAAUGUAUUACAGAUAGAAGCUAUAGUAAGCAGAUAGAAGAAGAUAUAGUAAAGAUAUAGAAUACAUAGUAAGCAGAUAGAAGAUGUAUUGCACAGAGAAGAUAUACACACAUACAUAUAUAUUAAACACAUACAAGAUAUAUUACAGACACACACACAUUUUCCAGCACAGCAAACAUUAUGAAGUGCGCUGGAAAGGUAGGGUCCAGGUCUUCUGGCAGGGAAGUGAGAGGGGCUAAAGGAGGUAGGUGGAGAGCUGCUUCCUUUAGGAAUUACCACCCUUCCUGGACUCCCAUCUCGCCAAUACUCCUAUCCUACAGUGCAUCAUUGACUAGACCCCUAAGCACACUGACGUUAGCCUUUCGAAAGUCGAGCACUUCCACCCUACGAGUUGUCUUACCCACUCUAUGCCAUAUGGUGAAUUCACCUGAUUGGUGGCUACUGUCCCCAAAGUGACCACAAAUCUGUAGCUCCCCUACCAGGUCAUCCCCCAUAGCCAACGCCAAGUCCAGUAAGAGACAAAAUCAUCAGCAAAGCUAACCGCACUUUAUCAUGCAUCAGCAGAUGAAUGACAAAGAGAACCAAGGAGGUGAUGCUUCCCCUCUGUGUGGCAUUGGUCAGACUGCAGUUGGAGUACUGCAUCCAGUUUUGGGCACCAUUCUUUCAGAAGGAUGUGGAUAGCCUUGAGAGGGUCCAGAGGAGGGCCAUUUAUAAGGUUAAGGGUUUACAGGACGAGCCCUGUGAGGAGAGACUGAGGGACCUGGACCUCCUCAGCCUCCACAAGAAAAGGCUGAGAGGUGAUCUUGUGGCCACCUACAAAUUCAUUAGGGGGGCGCGGCAAGGUAUUGGAGAUGCUCCGUUCACCAGGGCACCUCUUGAGGUAACAAGGAACAAUGGUCACAAACUGUUAGAGAGUAGAUUUAGGCUAGACAUCAGGAAAAACUUCACGGUGAGGGUGGCCAAAAUUUGGAAUGGUUUUCCCAAGGAGGUGGUGCUCUCUCCUACCUUGGGGUUCUUUAAGGGAAGACUGGAUAGGCAGCUGGCUGGGGUCAUCUGACCCCAGCACUCUUUCCUGCCCAGGCAGGGGGUGGGACUCGAUGAUCUGUUGAGGUCCCUUCCGACCCUAACACCUAUGAAUCUAUGAAUCUAUAAAUUGAUGUCAGGGGGUGAAGGACAGGCUUGGGGGGGGGAGUAGGAAGGAAGAUGCAGCAGGUAAAAGUGGAGAGGUACCUGGGGAGUCAGAUGUCCAACAGGUUAUAUAAUGUGUCAUCAAUCCAAUGUCUAUAUUGAGUCCAUGAGUUUUUGUAUCCAGGAGGCUUCUGAAGUGAAGUUCAUAGGCUUGGUCUGUAGAUUCUAAUUGUAGAUUCACAAAAAAACCAUCAUGCCCUGAGAUGCAGGGAUGUUGCUGGCCAGAAAGAAUUGACUGGAGAAAAAGGAGGCAGAAGCAAAGCCAAGGACUGGAAUAGCCUUGGAGACAAUGCUUCUGGAAUUAAAUUACAGCUGGGUCUUAGCUACAGAGUUUAGCUCUAAAGUCAAAUGCUAUGUAUGGGAAGGGUUUGGUGCCAGUGGUGAGGGUUGGAUCUCUCUCAGUAUUAUACUCUUCACUCUGUUGCAUUUCAGAGGGUAAAUAAUACAGAGCUGGUGGGAGAAAAUAAUCAUCUAAAAUGUACCCAGUUGGACCUCUGCUAUGGGUACUGGCAAUGGGCAACAUGAUUUCUCAUUGCAGCCUUGUCUGCACUUGGAUUUUUGCCACUGGUAGAGCAGAACUACUGCAAGCCCAUCAUGUGUGUAUUACUCAUGCUAGUCCAGAGUGAUUUGUACUUGUCAGAUGGUGUGUAAUGCAUCUUCUAGGAGUUUGUAGGUCCACUGUGGACAGGACCUUAAAGAAGAUGGAAACACCCACCUACCUCUUCUGUUUUGCCUUUACCUUUCCCCCUCCCCUUCACCUGUUCAGCAACUGGACCAUGGGUGAAGGUGCUGUAGUUGUCACAAGCUCAUUGCCUUGUCUGCAAUUGUUUCUGAUCAUACAUAUAAGCAAGUUCUUCCCCUGGCAAUGCUGGCACAAGGUUGGAUGGCUGUUCUGUGCUACUUUUAUUAGGAUGACAUUUUGCUCUUUGGGACUCUCUGCCUCUCCCUCAGCUGUUUGGCUGUGAGCCAUCAGGCACUGGCCCCUUGUAGCUGGGUAGAGUUCCCAUACUUCCUGAUCACCCUGUUCUUUUGCCUUGCAUCAGCAAGAGAUUGCAUCAGAAAAAGCCAGUUGGCCAAGACUUAUGUCCUUCACCGGUGAUCAGCUACCACCAACAUAUAUUUACCCACUCUCACCUAGACUAACAGAGCUGUAUUGUAUCCUCAGAGAGGUUUUCCAAGGGUAGAGAACACAGCUUCAACAGAACAGCUUUUUACCAGUAAGGGGGGCAGUAACCAGUAACCUUAAAGCCCCUCCUGAUAAGUCUCUGUUUGUUCUUCUCUGUCUUUGUUUUCCCUAUCAGGUCAGAAUCUCGCCAUUUGGCUUUCAUUCCCCUGCUUGUCUGGGGAAAACUUUCCAAAGGUUAAGCAGCUUGAGGAUGUCAGAAUUCUGCCUGUGAUGUCAUCCAGCAGGAAGCCCCGCCCUCUCCCCUAGGAAACAAAGGAGUGCCUUUGGGCCUUGGUUUUGGCUUCCCUGAGAAUAUGAAUGGUUGCAGGUUUGACCGGGCUGCUUCUCCAGGAAGAUGGCACACUCGUGCAGCUAGCACUGACUAAGGCAGGAUUUGCAAGUACCCUCCCUUUCAACACAACCCAUCCCCACUUCCAUUAAGAUUGAAUCAUCUUCAAAUUUCAUGUGAAUAUUGGUAGAUUGUGGGUGUAUCUACACAAGACGCUUAUUGUGGAAUUGACCAAUUAGCUCCACAAUAAUUCGUCACCUGUCUACACAAGCAGUGCUAUUAGGCCAGAGUAAACUAAUUAACUCUGUUAUAGGAAAGUACUGCCUGAACAAGUACUAUUCUACAGUGGAGUUAUUUACUCCACCACAUCACGUGUAAUCAACAACCAGAGCUGGCUGGGGCACAAGGGUGCUACAGUGCAGGGCUGCCUGCUGUCUAGCCCUGCACUGUAGCACCCUCAUAUCCCAGCCAGGCCCUCUGCAGCACACUGAGCCGGGCAAGAUCAGCCCUGGGCUGGCAAGCUGGCCCCCAGGGCCCCCUGCAAACUGGGACUGCACUGCCCCAGCUCAAUGUGCUGGGGUCCUGGGCACACACCUAAAUGCUGCACCUGGGGGCAAUAAACUCUGGUAUGAACUGUGCUAGAGUUUAUUGUGUUGCAUUAAUAUUCCCAUGCAGACAUGCCCUGUUUGUAUUAAAGCAUCUUCUGAACCACAUCCUACUCUGCAGGGAACUACUUCCUCUCUGACAGUCAUGAGCAGAUGGCUUCAGAAGCAAGGUGUCUCAAGCUAUCUGCUGAUGGGAAUGUAAUCAGUUAAGCCACACUAUGGCAUCCAUCUUGCUGCACAGAGGCAGGGAAUGUGUGUAGCUGAUUAUUUUCCUAGGGGCUUUUCUAUUGUGAAGGAAACAAAGGUGUCUAAUCCUUAAAGGUGCCACAUAAAUGCCUCUCCCAGAGAAGUCACUCGGGCCUUGUCUACAUUCGGAAGAAUGCUCAGUUCUGACAAUGGACGCCUAUACGCAUGCAUCGAGGCUGCUCCGAGAAGCAGACUUGAUUAAUGGAGUCUGCUGGAGUGUGGUAAUUACUGCACUCCAGCAGACUCUAGCGUCAUGUGCAUCAGCAUCCCUGCAAUGAAAAAUGAUGACGGGGGCACUUUAACUAAAGCUCAUUCAAUGAGCUUUAGUAAAAGCACCCCUACUGCUAUUUUUUAGCAUGGGGACACUGAUGCACGUGAUGCUCUGGGAGCGUUAAGUAGAGUGGAUCUCAGAGCCGCUUUAAUUAAAGAGCCACUCCCCUGCCUCCCAAAGCAUGUGUAUAAAUGCCCAAUGGGUAUCAACAAAGUGGGCCUUUUCUAGUGUUGACAAGGCUACUUCUUCAGGAGGCGUCACAGGAUGGAACCCCAAAGUCAGCAUUCAGAGUAGCAGUGAGGUUCAGAGUCUUUGCAAAAUGCAAGCAGGAGCAGCUUGCUUGGGCUAAGCCUUUAGGUUUUAUCUAUAUAGGGCAUUGUACUAUUAUUUAUAUCAGUUCAGUUAAACUAUUAGACCUGUGUAAAUCCACAUUUGGACGUUUUUAUUCCAGAAUAAGAAUUACUUUUUCCACUUCCGAAACAAUGUAACCUAAACCAGAAGGCACACACUUUCUCUAAUAUGACAGUCCACACGGGGGAUUAUGCUGGUACCCCUAGAUUGGUCUAACUGCACUGGUAUAAGCAUACUUGGAUGUAAAGAAGCAUUACAAGUUUUGGGUAUGGGCAAGCUAACAAAUUACAGCAAAUUAAUGUGGGGGUAGGGACUAAUGACAUGUCAGCUGCCCCAUGGUAUCUGUUCAUGUGCCCCCUCUUAACCCAUGAUAAAUGGAACCUAAACCAAAAGUUUAAGCCUCAGUGAAACAGGGCUAAGCUGCCCUUGUGAGCUUUUGCUUACCAUGGGAUAAGAGUAGGCACACAACAGUACAGCAAGUCCCCAUCUCCUGCUUUACUCUCUGUGUUUUGUACAUUUGUCCAUAGCCUUAGCUGGGAAGAAAACAUAGCUGCUGGUAGGUGCUGUGCACAGAACCAACCUCAACAAAGCAAAUAAGCUGCCUUAUACUCAAGCCCUUAAUUCUUCCUGAAGACCUUCUCCCGGGGCCCCUACACACCCAUUUCUGUCUCAGUUUCAGCAUCUCAAGACAGCCAUUGUCUGUGUGUGAAGUGCUGAGCACCAUGGAGAUGCUUAAAAAACGACCAAGUUAGGAGCAUCUGAAAAUGGGGCCUGGGCAUUUCAGAACCCUCACUGCAGGGGUGGGUCAGGAUUUCAGCUACAGCCUGAAGGGUAGCAUUCAGGGUGAAUUUCCACCAAAACAAACCUCACAUGCAGCCUUUGGGGCUGGAAAUGAUCCACAGGUUCCGUUAUCUCAGCUUGCCGGGAAACAAAAGAUUCCACGGUUAUUUUUACCUCAAAAGCAAACAGAGGGUGAGUGCAAUAAAGGUGGCUGGACACCCAUGAACACCACUUCAGCAGGAGCUAGUGAGCACAGCACUGCUUUACCAUGAAGUCCCCCUGCAGCCUGACAGCGAUAUGUUACCUCUGCCUGGGUCUCUGCUCAGGACACUAUGCUCCAGACCUCAUCACGUCUUUGCCAGGGCUCUCUGAGAUGCCAAGCUUCCAGCAGUGGUCAGGCUACCUUGAGGCAGGGCCGGGUCACUACUUCCAUUAUUGGUUUGUGGAGUCUCAGGGCAACCCAGCUACUGAUCCAGUAGUUGUGUGGCUGAAUGGGGGACCUGGUUGCAGUUCCAUGGAAGGAUUUCUGGCUGAGAAUGGCCCCCUUCAUCUGAAUGAUGAUGGCAUGCCCUACCUGAACCCCUACAGCUGGAAUAAAGUUGCCAACAUGCUAUACCUGGAGUCCCCAGCUGGAGUCGGCUAUUCCUACUCUGACUUUACUCAGAGCUCGAUCAGUGAUAACCAGGUGGCUGAAGAUAACUACCAGGCCCUUCAGAGCUUCUUUGCCAAAUUCCCUGCCUUCAGAAACAAUGAUUUCUAUGUUUUUGGGGAGAGCUACGGUGGCAUCUAUGUCCCCACUCUCAGCGCAAAGAUUGUGAAGGGAUCUGCCAACUUCAACUUUAAGGGCUUUGGAGUUGGGAAUGGAAUGACCAGCUAUUACUUCAACGAGGUAACUCUGAUGGAAUUUGCUUACUACCAUGGAGUCUUUGGAGAUGAGCUAUGGGCCUUACUGAAUAAGAACUGCUGCUACCAAGGAACCUGCAACUACAUCAACAACACCAAUAGCAACUGUAUCACUGCGAUACUACCAGCAUACGAAAGACUGUAUGGCAUUGGCUUGAACAUGUACAACCUCUAUGCCUCAUGCUGGGGUGGUGCGAACUACCAGGAACGCUAUGAGGCUGACCUGUCCAACCUCUUUCGCCAAUACCAGUUUAAUGUGCCAGUGCCGAAAGUUGGCUCUAUCCCUGGAGUCCCUAGAUGCAUCAAUGCCACCGCUAUGUACAUCUGGCUGAACCGUGAUGAUGUCAGACAGGCCCUCCACAUCCCGAGCUCCCUGCCCAACUGGGAGCUUUGCAGUUCACAAGUGAGAACUCACUACAAGAGGAUUUAUAUGGACAUGGCUCCUUUCUACCAGACCCUGCUGAAGCAUGAUCUGCGAGCACUGGUUUACAAUGGAGAUGUUGACAUGGUCUGCAACUUCCUAGGCAGCGAGAAGUUUGUGGAGUCUCUAAACAAGCCAAUGCUGAAAUCUUACCAGCCCUGGUACUAUAACAAUCAGAUAGCUGGGUUCUUCAACGAAUACGAGAAGAUAACAUUCCUCACUGUAAAGGGUGCAGGUCACAUGGUCCCCCAAUACAAGCCAGGUCAGGCUCUGAAGAUGUUCCAGUGCUUCCUCUCCAACACCACUUAUGUCUAAAUAGCAUCCCUACUCCAAUUGUGUCCAUUAGUAAGUACACACUGUUGGAUAAGUUGUGGGACUGAGUGGUGUCUGGAAACCCAGCCUGGCUCUCUCAUUUAGCAGUGAGGAGUGUCAGAGCUGCUUUGGAUUCUUCUCUUCAAUCAUUUUGUAUAACACACAAAUUAUUUAAGCUAUGUAUAUGUAUGUAUGAAUAAACCUAUUCACUGAACAAA